AUCACACCCUGUUUAUGUUUAUUCAAAUAUAAGGUGAACUGCACAGAGUUCAGAACAGUUCGUCGCGCUGAUUCCGUUCAAGUGUGUUCGACAUUUUGCUAAUAUGAAGACGUUACUCGUGUUAUCACUUUGCCUGGUGGUCUGUUACGCAGACAUUUCCAGCCAGUACUACGACAAUUCCGGUCAAUACAUCCCUGACUUUUCCGGCCAGUACAUUCCGGACAACAGUGGCCAGUACGUGGACGACGGCACCGGAAGAUACAGGCCGGACGGAAGUGGGGCUUACAAAGACAACAUUGAACGUUAUCGUCAUGUAGGCGAUAAAUAUGCUGGUUCUAGUACAAAUUUCCGUCCAACAUACCAAGUAAGACAACCUGCUCCAGUAGUAAAUGCAAUUCCAAAGAUCGAUUACGCAAAAUUGUACGGAAAUCAAGGAAAAUGGAGAAUUCUCAGGCAAAAAACUAAUAUUGGACCAGAAAUCUAUCACUACGAGUAUGAAACCGAGAACAAAAUCCAGGCCGAAGAAACCGGAAAGCUGCUGAAGAAAGGCACCAAGGACGAGGGAAUCGCCGCCGACGGUUUCUACGAAUACGUCGGACCUGACAAUGUGAAAUACAGGGUGGUCUACACCGCCGGCGAAGAAGGAUUUGUACCCACCGGAGCUCACAUCCCGACCCCGCCGCCAGUUCCGGAACCUAUCGCCAGGGCUCUCAGUUUGAAACAAUCCGGACGGUUUUAAUUGUUUAAAUGAUCGAGCCAUUUUUUUUGUCCUUUUACGAUUCUACAUGUUUUUGUAAAGUUUUCGUGACUUUAUUUAUUAUGUAAAUUGUGUCUAAAUUUUGAAAUUAUUACGCUUAAUUAUGAUUAUAUUAAAUUAAUGUAUGUCGGAAAUUAUUUAUUUAAGUAGAAAAAAUAUAAAC